UCUGCUUGGCACAGCUCACAUAUUUUCAGCAGUGGGAGAGCAGCUCUGACUUCAGAGACUAGUCUGCAGCCAUCCUUGGAGAUGCUGAGACCAGGGACCUGGCGGGCUGGCUGGGUAUGGAUGCCACAGGAUUCAAAGGAGCCGUCUCCCUGUUGCACCUCUGACCCUUUCUGAGCGAAGGACACCAGUGAGUCUGUGCUCCAGGGGGGGAGCUGUUCAGAUGCUCUUGACAGCACAGAGGUGCUUCCAUGAGGAGCAGCGAGGAGGGAAGGAUGCUCUGUGAUGCUCCUGACUAAUGAUGCCGAUGCCACCGCCUGCUCCAGUCCUUUCGCGCUGUUCCCAGCUGAGGUUCCCACCACUGUGUUCUACACCAAGGCCCGCUAGGAUGAGCUGUCCUUCAACUCAGACUGUCCCUGCCAGAAAGUUACCUGAAGCAGCGCAGCCCAAAGCCUCUUCAUGGACCCAUCAAAUAUGACAUCCCUUGCUGAGGAGAAAGACAUGAACACCUCCAGCAAGAACGCCUCCCUGGGGAGUGCGCACCUUCCCAUUCCCAUAGUGCACUGGGUCAUCAUGAGCAUCUCCCCUCUGGGCUUUGUGGAGAACGGCAUCCUCCUCUGGUUCCUCUGCUUCCGGAUGAGGAGGAAUCCCUUCACGGUCUAUAUCACCCACUUGUCCAUUGCGGACAUCUCGCUCCUCUUCUGUAUUUUCAUCCUGUCCAUUGACUAUGCGCUGGACUACGAGCUCUCUUCUGGUCACUACUACACAAUUGUCACAUUGUCGGUGACGUUUCUAUUUGGCUACAACACGGGCCUCUACCUGCUGACGGCCAUCAGUGUGGAAAGAUGCCUAUCGGUCCUCUACCCCAUUUGGUACAGAUGCCACCGCCCCAAGCACCAGUCGGCAUUCGUCUGUGCUCUCCUGUGGGCACUUUCGUGCUUGGUGACCACCAUGGAGUAUGUCAUGUGCAUCGACAGCGAAGAAGAGAGUCACUCUCGGAGUGACUGCCGGGCGGUCAUUAUCUUUAUCGCUAUCCUCAGCUUCUUGGUCUUCACCCCGCUCAUGCUGGUGUCCAGCACCAUCUUGGUGGUGAAGAUACGGAAGAACACAUGGGCCUCCCACUCUUCAAAACUGUACAUUGUCAUCAUGAUCACCAUCAUCAUCUUCCUUAUCUUCGCCAUGCCCAUGCGGGUGCUCUACCUGCUGUACUACGAGUACUGGUCAGCCUUCGGGAACCUGCACAACAUCUCCCUGCUCUUCUCCACCAUCAACAGCAGCGCCAACCCCUUCAUCUACUUUUUUGUGGGCAGCAGCAAGAAGAAGCGCUUCAGGGAGUCCUUAAAGGUGGUUCUGACCAGGGCUUUCAAAGACGAAAUGCAGCCCAGACGCCAGGAGGGCAAUGGCAACACCAUCUCCAUCGAGACUGUGGUCUGAGGAUUGCAGCAGGAAACUGUGGGCAGAAACAGUGGAAUGCGGGUGGCUUUCGAUUUGUGCUUUGAGAUUUAAAUCUUCAAAGUAUGAUACAGAAGGGAAGCAUUCCACGUGCAUGGGAGUCUAAUGAUGAGCUUGCGUUCUUAUCUAGUGUCUUCUGGAAAUGUUGCCGUAUGUGACAGGGCUCUGUCUUCUUCUAUCCUUAUCAAAGACUUAUUUGUCUCUUAGCUCUUUGGUAGUGAUCAACAGUUAACUACAAAAACUGCUCUAGCAGAAGGCAUCCCAAAUGGGACCUGGAGAACCUAGAGAAGCCAUGCAACUACUGCUGUUUGCUCCACGUGACCUCAGGCGAGAGACUCUGGGGAGCCUCAUUUCCUCCCUUAGUGGAAGUGGUAACAGUCUGUACUGUGUGGGCUAUUGCUGAGUAUGGCAAGGUAGGCAAAGCACCUGCUCAUAGUCAAAGUUCAAUAAAAUCCAUCUCUCUACAUCCUUUAACUAGAACACAAUACUGCCUUGUGCUUUUAAAUGUUGAACAGAGAUUCCCAAAGGUCUCCUGGCUUGCAGCAUGGCAGCUUUUCAUGGUAUAACACCAGGGAUUGUCACAAUCUAGGCAGUCACAUAUUUGGGACAUCAUUCUGGAAACAAACAUUUUCCCCUCUUGGAAGACUUUCCCAUGGCUUCCUGUUCCUUGGGGAA